GUCGUGCCGUAAGAGCCGUACGCACACUGCUCCAAUGGAAGUUGCCGACGUUGCCAAGUCGUUCGUCCAGUCGUGCACCCUGCAGCCGUCGCACGAGGAUUCGACCGCCUCGUCGUCGUUUGCCCAGCGACAACUGGACGUCCUCAAUGGCUUGGUCGGCUCUCGGGACUUGAGUUUUUUCGCCAGCCGCAGCAGGCUGGCCCACGAGUGCAUCACCUGCUGCAUCGCCAUCCUGUUGGAGGUGCAGCCUAACCUGCAGCUCUCCGGGAAGGUGCUGACUUUGCUGCAGCACUUGGCCAAAAAGCCGCAGCUGCUGGAGUGGCUACGAGACGAGUUUGAGCUGCACUCUGCGCUUGCGGAGUUCUUUCAGAGCCGGGCCAUUGAGGACAAUGUUCAUCUGCAGCUACAGGUCAUCCAGCUUCUUCGAGAGCUUUGCUACAGGCACCAAGUGACAUUGACCGAGUCCAAGCUUGGCUACCUCAGUGACUUUCUCUUUAAACAAAUGGACUCGGGGGACCAUGAGCUGUUCCUGCCAUGCCUGGAACUUCUCAACCACCUUUCGUGGAGCACGUUGGCACAGCAGUACAUGAAGAUAAUGCCGCAGCUACCAGAGUUGUGCAAGUCGUUAGUUCCAAAGACCACAUAUGACAACAGUUGUGUGGUUAUGCACACGCUGGCCAUUUUUGCUAACCUCUCCCUCGACCAGUUCAUCAGCAACAAGAUGUUCAGCCAGUCGAUCAAGCAGACACUUCAGGUUCUCCUCUGCACGGUUGUGUCAAACAACAUUGAGGCCAGGAGGAUCGCCACUGACAUUCUGGAGGAUGUGUUGAACAAUCGGGAGCGCAGAGUAUGCGUGCUGAAGUACCACAAAAUGAUGGUCUCGUGUGCCUCGAAGGUGGCUGAGAAGCAAGUACAAAGGGAACCUGAGGACUUGCGAGCGACCAUCAAUCUUCUUGUGGUCAUCUUAUCGGUCCCCGAGCUUCUGGAAGAAUAUGUUGCUCGAACGCCCAGCACAAUUGAACCACUGCUGUUUCUUCUCAUUGCUGCUGUUGAGGAAAACGUUGGCUCCCUUGACGUGGUACACACGAGCAUCAAGUUGGUCACGUUGCUCACCAAGGAUAUGUGCGCCCAGAACCUGCUUGUCGCCCACAACGCACCCGUGUCGGGAUUCCUGAAGGCCGUGACGGUAGUCCUGGUAGCCCUGCAGGACAAGGAGGUUGACGGCCUGUACUUUGCCCCGGAAAUGUGCUUGGCCAGCCUUCAGCUGUUUCGCGCCCUGACUGACUCUGGUAUCUGUGGUGAGACCAUCAUCAAGCAGUGCCUCACAGUGGAACACAUCAGGGCCCUCCUGAAGCCUUACCUCGCAAAGGACCCUCAAUGCAUUCAAGAUGCAUGCAUCCACAAACAGGUGGAGGUUGUGACGACAUGCCUGGACUUCCUUCGGCAGCUCACGACCAAGCUUGAGAAUGCCGAGGAGUGCCUCCAGCAGCUGCUUCAGGAACCCGCGACAGCGAGUUACCUGUCGAUAGCCCUGUGCCUGACGAAAGAGAACAUCGUCAUGCCUGCUUUCAACCUCACCGUGAUGGCCAACUUUCAGCAGGACUUUAGCCGGGAAAAGUUUGUUCAGUCUCUGGUUUCGGUCAACCGCAAGAGGAAGGCUCUCGAGUCUCCAGCGAAGCGUGACAAGCCUCCCCCACCUGUUGUUGCUGGAACCAUGGCACGUCCCGGCGUUCCCGUCAACAACCACAACAGGCGCCUCUCCGUCGAGAACAGCAUUGAGAGGAUCUCGCGCAGGCUGGAACAGAGUUUCGAGAUAGGUGAUCUGAAGCAGUCCGAGAUCCUCGCUGUCUACGAGAACAAGAUCUGCAAGCUUAAAGCUCGCGAAGAAGAGCUUCUGCAACUCCUAGAGGCAAAAACUGCGGCUCUCCAGCAGUCUGAUCGUCUGGUAACAAAGUACACGUGCAUCGAGGCCAAGAACGACGCUGAGGUGGAAGAGUUGCGCAGCCUUUUGAGGGCGUCCGAACGGCGCAUUGAAGACACCGAGGAGAGGAUGACUGAAAUGGAGAAACGCACCGAAGAGACUGCACAGAGCUUGAAGGCCUCUCGGACCAAGAUCAAAGCCCUGAAAGCCCAUGUUGAGGAGUUGGAGCAGAGAAACAAUGACCUCGACGUGAAAGCGAAAAGGCACGAAGUGGUUCUGAAAAGCCUGGAGUCGGCGCAGCAGGAAAUCCAGUCGCAGAAGGAGAUGAUUACGAUGCUCCAGAAGCACGGCGAUUCGAUGAAACUCAAGCUAGAAGCGCUUACCAAGGCAAACGAAGAGCUUGAGUUGGCUAACCAGGAUCAAGAGAAGCUGCUCAAGGAGCACGAGGCCAAAAUGAAAGACCAAGCAAAGUGCCUGCACAAGCUACAAGGGAGCUUGGAAGAGAAGAUGGCCCUUGUGAAAGCUCUCAAGGCAGAGCUCAAGAGCAUUAAUGAGGCUAGCAUCACCCUCCAAAAGGAGAACAGUGCACUGGAGCAACAGGUGCAAGCUCUCGAGGCGAAGUGUCAGAAGAAGGACGAGGCACUGCAGAGCAGGACCAACCAGCUGACCAAGGUGACUGCCGACUUGGACAAGCUGAAGAAGAUGCAAGAAAUGAUCCAGAGCAUCAGCGCUGGCAUCCUGUGAUGCAACCAUCACCAUGCCUCCCUAUGACAAACUUUUAACUUAUCGUGUGCCGUUUUUUAGUAUUUUUAUGACGUGGGCCUUGGCAUUGUGGCAAGUCGGGUAGAAGUAAUCUGCAUGGUAACACUUGUAUAAACUGCAAAUCAUGUUCAUUGAUUUUAACAUAUUUAUUGCUUCAAUUUUUAUCGUUCUGCAUUCCGACUACUGACGUUGCUGCCUUGAUGAGGCCAGAAUAUUUUAUACAUAUAAAUUAGAAAUGGACCAUCUGCAGUAAUUCUUGCUUGUACAGAUGUGUAUCCUUACGAAGAAACUGAAUGUAUCGGUUUUUAUACAUGCAAUAAAUUUUAAGAGGACUA